AUGAACCUGACCUGGAGUUUGGAGCUUGGCAAUGGACUACACAAGAAUGCCCUGUACUCUGAAGUCUAUCCAGCCACCAAUGGCUCAAAUGCAACCAGGGAAACCAGUGAAAAUGAUCUGGAUGUGAACACAGACGUGUAUUCCAAAAUCACCGUCACCCUAAUCUACAUUGGUCUCUUUCUUAUCGGCUCCAUGGGCAACUUCAUCACCAUGUACACUCUGGUGAAGAAGAAGACUUUGCAGAACUUGCAAAGCACCGUCCACUACCACUUGGCCAACCUGGCUUUUUCUGAUCUCCUCAUCCUGAUCUUGAGCAUGCCGAUCGAACUCUACAACUUUAUCUGGUUCCAUCACCCCUGGGCAUUUGGGGACACGGUGUGCCGAGGGUACUAUUUCCUCCGAGAUGCCUGCACCUACGCCACCGCUCUCAACAUCGCCAGCCUGAGCAUAGAACGCUACAUGGCCAUCUGUCACCCCUUCAAAGCCAAGACCAUCAUGUCAACCAGCCGCACCAAGAAGCUCAUCUCAGCCAUUUGGGUCCUGUCCUUGGUCCUGGCCACCCCAAUGCUCUUUACCAUGGGGGAGAAACACAUCAAUAAUGAUGUGAUUUGUACCACCAUCGUUGAAGAAUCAACCAUCAAGACCGUCAUCCAGGUGAAUGCAUUUCUCUCCUUCGUUUUACCGAUGGUUGUAAUUUCAGUCUUGAACACAAUCAUCGCCAAUCAACUGAUAGCGAUGUUCAAGCAAGCUGCUCAGGACAGCCGAGUCUGCACCAUCGGAGGACAACAAACCAUGCUCAGCAUCUCUGUGGAGCCAAGCCGCAUCCAGUCCCUCCAACACGGAGUCAAAGUUCUCAGAGCUGUUGUCAUUGCCUUUGUGGUCUGCUGGCUUCCCUAUCACACACGUCGGCUCAUGUUCUGCUACGUUCCCGAGCAUCUCUGGACAGAAGAUCUGUACAAUUUCUAUCAUUACUUCUACAUGGUGACAAAUGUCCUCUUCUACGUCAGCUCCACAAUCAACCCCGUCCUGUACAAUCUGGUGUCUGCAAACUUCAGGCAGAAUUUCCUCUCCAUCCUCAGCUACUUCUGCUUUCGAUGGCGGGAAAAGUCUAAGGCUCCUCCUCUCAACAAGAAGUCCAACAGCUUGUCCAGCAAUCAUAAUUAUUCCUCCAGCAUCACCAAGGAGACUGUAUAUUAAUGAACUCAAGGAAAAUUGCAUCU